AUGUCGCAAAUUGGCGGAACGGGCGCGCCAACGCCUCGCCGCUCGACUCGUAUCGGCUCGAGAGCAGGGUCUGUCGCAUCGCAAUCUGUCAUGACCACCAUGACGUCUGGAGGUACCCGACAACGUCAAACAGGCCCUCUCACUAAGGUCAAGGCCCGCGUAUCCAACGCGUAUGGAGCCAGCGGACGUGUCGGUGUCGCUGAAGAGCUCUCCGUCUCUGCAACCGGUUUUGCGCAGGCUUUCCAGAAUCAACGAGGUGACGCUGUCCGCCGUGAUGAUGAUGAGGAUGAGGAGGAAGAAGAUGAAGAGGAGGAAGAGGAGGAUGACAGAGAUGAGCUUGCUUACGAGCCUCGUUUCAGGGGCACUCUCAAUGGAAACCGCGCCCCGCCUUCACCAUCGCCUGCUCCAAGUGUUCCUCUAAGGGCGACACCAGGCAUGUCUUUUCUGGAGAGUGAUGAUGCUCCUUCCAGUGACGAGGACCUUGCCCCUUCCGUCGGCAACACUUCCAAGUCCUUCGGCCCGAACCACGAGGCUGGCAUGCUCAGCAACAUCACCGUCGAGCGACAACUGAAUUCCCACCUCACUUCUGAGCUUCGAUCGGCUUCAUGGCAGCAAAGCACAGCACGCCGUACGGUCACAGCGACGACAACUCAGGAGCAAUCCGCCAUUCGUAACACGUCUUCUCGACUCGGACCCGCUCGUGCUAACCCUUCACGAAUUACCGCAUCAGAGAGAGAAGUGAUCAACAAGUCGGUCGACGAUAUGCUUGCCGAAGAGCGUACGCGUGCAGAAGAGCGCGGGCGGAUCUCGAACCCUGCGCCGCCAGCACACUCACAACUACACCAACGAUCCUCGCGGAAUGAGCAGGCCCCUCGCGAGGAUGUGCAAAUCCCUCAAGACGACAUACAGGCUCGACGAUACGAGUGGGACUGGUCUUGGAUGUCGGAGUUGCCUUGGAUGCGAUGGCUCCAACGGGCAUUUUGGGCAAUCACCGGGCUUUUCUUCUUCUGGUUGGUGCUGUCCAGCACGAUUUCGUCUGAUCAUUCUCAGUCGACUCCUGAAGCCGGUAUGGGUAAGGCGGUUCGUGGCCGAUUUUCGCAAGCAUGGCACAGCAUUACUGGACGAAGCAAAGGAGAUGAUCUACUGGAGCAGUUCUACAGACUCGUUCAGUCGGAGAAGAGGGACCUUCGCGAAUUCAUCCAUGGCGAUGGCACCAAUGACGACAAUUUACUGUGGUCUCGCAUGCGGAAGAUCUACGGCGAGUUUGACGACCGAUUCGGAACCAUGAACGACAACUUCGACAGCCGGGUUGAGGAAAUGCACAAGACCAUUCAAGACCUUAGGGACGAGCUGCCUCCAUACAUCAUCGUCCGCCGCCACGGAGAUGGUCGACGCGAAAUCUCAGACGAGUUCUGGAACGCACUACUCAGCAAAGCACAAUCUCAGGGCGACAACCCCGACUGGAUUGACUUCGUUAAGCAAAAUUCGGCGAAGGUCAAAGACAUUAACGGCGUUGCCUUCGACAGCUCCGACACGAGGACCAGACCUGAGAUGAUCUCUCGUGACGAGUUCGCUGUCGCGAUGGCACAGGGGUACAAGGACAUAUCCGCUCGCGUUGAUACAAAGAUCGCAAAUACCGUUCAGAGUCAGGUCACAGCUAUGGUUCAGUCAGAAGUGAAGAAGACUAAGAUGGACUCGAUCCGCCUCGAAUCUCUCGCUCUCACCAACAUCAUCGCCAACUACGAACUGCAUCUCAAGAGCCCCAACUACUUCUCAACCGGUCUCGGUGCCCAUGUCGAGCCGACAUCCUCGUCCGCCACAUUUGUGGACAAGCCCAGCUUCAUGUCCAGAUGGACUCGAAAUCUGGCCACCACUCCACCACGCAAUCCACCGAAAGCUGCGUUGAUGAAGUGGGAAGAGCCUGGCGAUUGCUGGUGCGCUGCGCCCAACCCUAUGGAGAAAUCUCAAGCACAACUCACCGUCGCCCUUGGUCGCUCCAUGUUCCCCAAGCAAGUCACCAUCGAGCAUGUGCCCAUGAGCAUGGUACCUGCAUGGAAAAUCACCAACGCUCCCCGCGACAUCGAGCUCUGGAUUCAGUCUGAGCAACCAGUUCGAUACCAGUACGAUCAUCGCAGGGACACCUGCCAAAAUGGCCCGCCAGGCUGGACCUGUCUCGGGACUUUCAAGUACAACAUUCACGCCUCCAACCACGUACAGACAUUCGAUCUCGACGCUGAGAGUUCCGUCUCAGUCACUAAGGCCAUGGUGCGCGUCACAACAAACUGGGGCGCUGAUCACACGUGCUUGUAUCGCGUGCGUCUUCACGGCGACGACGCUGUUGAGCGUCACGCAUAUGAGGUCAAUCUCAACGACUAGGAGCUUCGGGAUGGACAGAUGAACGACUGGGAGGUUAUGGGAUAAUUUACUGCAUGGAAUGCACAACGAACGGCGUUUGGUUUUGGUUGUAUUUAUAUCGACUCUCCAGAGAUAAUCACUGGUUUCUAUCUCUUCGUCGGCGAGUUGUAUACCCCAUUCAUGUAUACCCCUUGCGCAUGGCUGUGGAGCCGGACUUGUUAGCACGAUUAGCCUUAACUGCAUCAAUGAAAUAGACUAGCU